CAAAAGUAUUAUACACAAGAAAAUAAGCUUUACAUCUGUGGAGAAAUAGGACAAGAGAAACGGCUCCCUUGUUAGUAAACAAGAGAGUCUCGACGAAAUGGCAAAAUCUAAAAACCUUAAUGGAUUAAACGCGGACGGCCCUAUAAGUGAAAAUGAUGAUAGUACAUCUAACAUAUCAAAUAUUUCAUCAGCGAACUCUGAGCCACUACCAGAAUUUAUAGAUGUAAUACAAAAAGGUAAAACAAAAGAAUUUUAUAAAGCUAUGUUUGCUGAAUAUUGUGAAUGUAGCACAAUUCACGGUGUUCGAUAUAUUGGCGAACGGAGGCGAUCUUGGAUUGAAAGAGUAUUUUGGCUUAUUAUAUUCGGUAUAUCAAUUUAUAUUUGUGUUACUCUUAUACAAAAUAUUUGGAAAAAAUGGCAUAGUACACCGGUUAUUGUUAGUUUUGCUGAUAAAUCAACACCAAUUUGGCAAAUUCCAAUGCCAACAAUAACAAUUUGUCCUGAUAAUAAAUCGAAUUCAAGUUUAUUUCGUUUUGAGAACUAUGAAGCACAAAUUCGAGAAAAUAUUUCCAAUUAUGAUACAUGGAAUAGACAGGAAAAACGCUUCAUGGAUAUUAAUUUACAAGUAUGUGAUUACACCGAUAAAGAUUUUUUCAAUUUCACGGAUAAAGUUUAUAAAGGAAAUUUUCUUAAAGAGCUAAAAAAAUUAUAUCCGAAACCAGAUUUUUUAUUUCCAAUAACAAGAUUUGAUGAUGUUAUGGCUUUUAAUGAUUAUAAACAAUUUUUUGAUAUUGUUGUGACUGAAUUCGGAGUCUGUUACAGUUUUAAUAUGCUCCCUUUAGAAAAUAUUUAUAAGAAAAGAACUGUCACUGAUGAAUUGAUUAAUUUUGCACAUGAUGGUGAUCAAGAUCCUGAAACCGUAUUACGUUAUGAUCGUUCAACAACAUGGACACUUGAAACUGGUUUUUCUGAAGAUGGAAAUCAAUUAUUUCCAUAUCGCAUGUAUAAUUCAGUUAUGGAAAAUGGUUUAUUAAUAUUGAUAUAUGGACGUAAAAGUGAUAUUGAUCCAAUUUGUGGGGAAGGUGAUGAAGGUUUUAAGUUUGCAGUUUCAACACCAGGUGAUAUACCACAACUUUCGAAACAAUAUUCAAGUGUACCAUUCAGUUAUGAAGUUCUAGUUGAUAUAACACCAGAAUUAAUAACAACUGAUGAAACAGCUGUUGAUUAUUCACCUAAAAUCCGCCAGUGUUUUUAUGAGAAUGAAAGGCGUUUAGCAUAUUUUCAGUCAUAUAGUCAAGCAAAUUGUGAAUUCGAAUGUCUUACAAAUUAUACGCUAGCUAAAUGUAAAUGUGUAAGGUUUAAUAUGCCGAGAGCAAAAAAUACUCAUACAUGUGGUGCAGCAAAAAUAUCAUGUUAUCAAGAAGCAAAACGUGAAUUAAUGGAAAAAGAUUUUCAACAGAGUACACAAAAUAAUACAAAAAAUAAAGUAAAAGUUCCAGAUUGUGAUUGUUUACCAUCCUGUACAACAUUAUCAUAUAGUUAUGGAAUAACUCAAGCCCCAUUACAAGAAGAUAUCGACGAAGAAGACGAAUACAGAACAACAAAAUUUCUAAUAUAUUUCAAAGAUAAUCGAUUUUGGAGUCAAGAACGUGCUAAAUUAUAUGGUGUUAUCGAUUUUACAGCAAAUGCUGGUGGUUUAUUAGGAUUAUUUAUGGGAAUAUCAAUAUUAAGUUUUGUUGAAUUAUUUUAUUUUAUAUCGGUACGUUUAAUUGGUAAUAUAAAAUUACGUUAUUGUUCGGGUGUAAGACGUAAUAUUGAACAACAAGUACAUGAAAUUCAAAGGAGAUUCAGUAAUGUUAGUGAAACAUUUCGAAAUGAAUAUAAUUUUUGAGAGCAAAAACAAAAAAUUUGUUAUAUAAAAUGAAAAUGAAUUGAAGAAUUUUUUUUGUAAUUAUCAAUGUUAAAAGAUUUUACCAUGCGAAUAAAUU